ACAAUAUGGCCAUCCACACCGAAAUCGAGAUUGCCGCUCCCCCAGCGCAGGUCAGGAAAACAUUCCUCGACUUCCAAGCCUUGCCCACCUGGACCAACGGCUUCAUCAAGUCCAUCACGCCCGCGGACCCUUCCGCCGCGCCCGGCACGCGCCUCACGGUGGCCCUCGAGGGCAUCACCAUGUCGCCGACGGUGCUCACCAACUCGGAGAGCGAGUUCAGCUGGCGCGGGAAGCUGUGGAGCCUCCCCGGCGUCUUCACCGGGGACCACCACUUCCGCUUCCGCCCCAGCGACAAGACGCCCGGCGGCACGACCCUCGAGCAGGGCGAGGACUUUUACGGCGUGCUGAGCUUCAUCAUCGCCGAGGGCACCGGCUUCUGGGAUAAGACCAAAAAGGGCUUCGAGGCCUUUAACGAGGAUAUCAAGAAGAAAUGUGAGGGCGACAAGUAGGGGCGGCGGCUUUGGGCAGUCGUUUGGAAUCCCGACAUUGUUAUCGGUCGGCGCGUCUUAGUGGUCGGACCU